AUGGAAAACUCGUCGGCGCGUCGAGCUCCACGCAGCCUCGCAGACACACGGGAGUGGCGCGGGAGAAAAGCUACAGCGAACCGGGUGAAUCUCAUCCAGCUCGCGGGAGACGGCAAAGCCAUCAACGCGGGGAAAAGGAGUGAUGCGGUGGACAAGGAAAAAAUGCCAUGUGCUUUUCUGGGGCAUGCCGCCAGAAAAAAAAUGCGAAGAAAUGCCGGAACCUCCUCUCUGCGGCGAGCUCUCGCGUCUGGUCUGCCACGGAAACAUCCUGAAGAAGCGCGGGACUGCGCCUUUUUCACACCGCCUUUUUCAGACACCCUUGUAAAUACCGCGAGUUCCUCUGACUCUCUGUCACAUUCAAGAAUUCCUCUGCAUGCGUCGAACUCGAGUGCCUCACCCUCUCUGCGUAUCACGGGGUUGUGUUACUCGAGGGCAACUCUCUCUCUCUCUCUAUCCGCGUCACCAAUUCGACCUCUUUGCCACAGUGCUCCGUGA